GCGGCGGGAAUCACGGUCGAGGCCGCGGAGGGCGAGGGCGCUGUGGGCCAGCAGGCCACGGCGCCCGUCGCGCCCUCCAGGGCGCCGUCCGCGCCGUCGGACUCCAGCGCCAACGGGGCGGCCGACAGGAAAGCGGCGGGCGGAGGCGCGGGGCCAAAGGCCGCAGGGCCCAAGGCCAAGGCCGCCGCCUCGAGAAGAGCCGCCGGCGGCCGCAGAAGAGGCGCCUCGGGGUCCGACUCCCGCGCGGCGACCCGCGCGGGGCGCCGCGCCCGGGCACGCUCGCGCUCGCGCUCCCGAGGGCGCUCGAACUCCGGGUCCUCCUCUCAGGACCGAGUCGAGGUCCAGGCGCAAGAGGACCAGAAGGAAGUGACCCGGGCGGCAUGUGUCCCUUCUGGCCUAUCUGGGCGGCGCGCGCCUCCCAUCCAUUCCUCGCCCCUUCCCGCUUCUUUUCCUCGCCUGCUUGCCUGCUUC